AUGUGUCUAAUAACCUCCCAGAAACACCAGCCCAACGCCCAAGACAAUGCAGUGUCGUGUGAGGCUAACAUCACUCUUGGCCGGCUACUUACGACCGUAGCCUUCUUCCAGCUACGUGGAGAUCUAUCACCAUCUUUGGCACAAAUGGCCUUAAAACCGGGCUGCGUGAAGCUGUCGGUGCACCCGUCCCGAGCGCUGGUGGAUGAGAAGGUUUCGGUGCUGGUCCAGAACGCUGGUCCUGGUGCGGCGCUCACGGUCCACUCUCUUCUUACCAGUGAAGACAACAAGCACCACUGGCAGGCCUUCGGGCACUACACCUGCGACAGCACCGGCGCCCUGGACUUGUGUGAGGACCCCAGUCUGGGCGGGUCCUAUGAAGGAGUGGAACCAAUGGGGUUACUCUGGAGCCUCAAGCCAGUGCCGGGCAGCAAACCAGGACUGCGGUUUCGAAAGCUGAGCGCGGAGACUCCGAUGCUGGUGACGGUGUCCGUGUUCCAGGGGCAUCUGUCUGAGGGCUUCCCCGAGCACAAGGCCCUGUGCUCGGUGCUGCUGGAGCGCUGGUACAUGGCCCCUGGAGUCCGCAGGAUCCCGGUCACAGACUACGACCUCACAGCAACACUCUUCCUCCCUCCAGGGCCUGGUCCGUUCCCUGCCAUCCUGGACCUGUGGGGGGGCGGGGGGCAGCUGGUGGAGUAUCGCUCGUCGUUGCUGGCCUCCCACGGCUUUGCUUCGCUGGCUCUGGACUACCUCACCAACGCUCUCUCCACCAAAACUGGCAAAUACAUGAAGAACGACUACUUUGAGAAUGCCUACAGGUUCCUGGAGCAGCAUCCUCAGGUGGAGGGCAGCAGGAUCGGGAUGUGGGGCCUCUCCUUCGGGACGAGUAUGACUUUGAAAAUGGCCGCUUACUCCAAGGUCAUGAAGCUCAAGUGUGCGGUGUGUUCCAGUGGGAGUCACAUUCAGCCAGUAGAGGGCAGUGUUGAAGAAGUAAUGCGGUUUUUCGACCAAAACGAAGCGAAGACCCGCAUCAAUGAGAACCAGGAAGUGAUAUGGCACGACCUGCUGCUGCCGAUCCCAGAGGACCCUGCAUUCAAAGUGGAUAUGGGGCGUGUGCAGUGCCCCCUGCUGCUCGUGGUGGGGCAGGACGACCAGAACUGGCCUGCGUACGUGUCUGCACUGGAUUCAACUCUUAAAUGCGACCAUCUUACCUGGGUGAUCUCUCUCCCUGGGUGGGCUCUCUACCUGGGCGGUCUCUCUCCCUGGGCGGUCUCUCUCCCUGGGUGGUCUCUCUCCCUGGGUGGUCUCUCUCCCUGGGUGGUCUCUCUCCCUGGGUGGGCUCUCUACCUGGGUGGGCUCUCUCCCUGGGUGGUCUCUCUCCCUGGGUGGUCUCUCUCCCUGGGUGGGCUCUCUCCCUGGGUGGUCUCUCUCCCUGGGUGGGCUCUCUCCCUGGGUGGGCUCUCUCCCUGGGUGGGCUCUCUACCUGGGCGGGCUCUCUACCUGGGCGGUCUCUCUCCCUGGGUGGGCUCUCUCCCUGGGUGGGCUUUCUCCCUGGGUGGUCUCUCUCCCUGGGUGGGCUCUCUCCCUGGGUGGGCUCUCUACCUGGGCGGUCUCUCUACCUGGGCGGGCUCUCUCCCUGGGUGGGCUCUCUCCCUGGGUGGGCUCUCUCCCUGGGUGGGCUCUCUACCUGGGCGGGCUCUCUACCUGGGCGGUCUCUCUCCCUGGGUGGGCUCUCUCCCUGGGUGGGCUUUCUCCCUGGGUGGUCUCUCUCCCUGGGUGGGCUCUCUCCCUGGGUGGGCUUUCUCCCUGGGUGGUCUCUCUCGCUGGGUGGUCUCUCUCCCUGGGUGGGCUCUCUCCCUGGGUGGUCUCUCUACCUGGGCGGUCUCUCUCCCUGGGUGGGCUCUCUCCCUGGGUGGGCUCUCUCCCUGGGUGGGCUCUCUACCUGGGCGGGCUCUCUACCUGGGCGGUCUCUCUCCCUGGGUGGGCUCUCUCCCUGGGUGGGCUUUCUCCCUGGGUGGUCUCUCUCCCUGGGUGGGCUCUCUCCCUGGGUGGGCUCUCUACCUGGGCGGUCUCUCUACCUGGGUGGGCUCUCUCCCUGGGUGGGCUCUCUCCCUGGGUGGGCUCUCUACCUGGGCGGUCUCUCUCCCUGGGCGGUCUCUCUCCCUGGGUGGGCUCUCUCCCUGGGUGGGCUUUCUCCCUGGGUGGUCCCUCUCCCUGGGUGGUCUCUCUCCCUGGGUGGGCUCUCUCCCUGGGUGGUCUCUCUACCUGGGCGGUCUCUCUCCCUGGGUGGGCUCUCUCCGGGGUGGGCUCUCUCCCUGGGUGGGCUCUCUACCUGGGCGGGCUCUCUACCUGGGCGGUCUCUCUCCCUGGGUGGGCUCUCUCCCUGGGUGGGCUUUCUCCCUGGGUGGUCUCUCUCCCUGGGUGGGCUCUCUCCCUGGGUGGGCUCUCUACCUGGGCGGUCUCUCUACCUGGGUGGGCUCUCUCCCUGGGUGGGCUCUCUACCUGGGCGGUCUCUCUCCCUGGGCGGUCUCUCUCCCUGGGCGGUCUCUCUACCUGGGUGGGCUCUCUCCCUGGUUGGGCUCUCUCCCUGGGUGGGCUCUCUACCUGGGUGGGCUCUCUACCUGGGCGGUCUCUCUACCUGGGCGGUCUCUCUUCCUGGGCGGUCUCUCUACCUGGGCGGUCUCUCUACCUGGGCGGUCUCUCUACCUGGGUGGGCUCUCUCCCUGGGUGGGCUCUCUCCCUGGGUGGGCUCUCUCCCUGGGUGGGCUCUCUCCCUGGGUGGUCUCUCUCCCUGGGUGGUCUCUCUCCCUGGGUGGGCUCUCUACCUGGGUGAUCUCUCUCCCUGGAUGGGCUCUCUACCUGGGUGGGCUCUCUACCUGGGUGGUCUCUCUCCCUGGGUGGUCUCUCUACCUGGGUGGUCUCUCUACCUGGGCGGUCUCUCUACCUGGGCGGGCUCUCUCCCUGGGUGGGCUCUCUCCCUGGGUGGGCUCUCUCCCUGGGUGGUCUCUCUCCCUGGGCGGGCUCUCUACCUGGGCGGUCUCUCUACCUGGGCGGUCUCUCUACCUGGGUGGGCUCUCUACCUGGGUGGGCUCUCUCCCUGGGUGGUCUCUCUACCUGGGCGGUCUCUCUACCUGGGUGGUCUCUCUACCUGGGUGGGCUCUCUCCCUGGGUGGGCUCUCUCCCUGGGUGGGCUCUCUACCUGGGUGGGGUCUCUCUACCUGGGCGAUCUCUCUACCUGGGCGGUCUCUCUCCCUGGGUGGUCUCUCUACCUGGGCGGUCUCUCUACCUGGGUGGGGGCUCUCUACCUGGGUGGGCUCUCUACCUGGGUGGGCUCUCUACCUGGGUGGGCUCUCUACCUGGAUGAAGGCGAUGAUGGAGGCGGCGGGGAACAGCCACCUGCUCACUCUGCUCUCGUACCCGGACGCUGGUCACCUGAUCGAGCCGCCGUACGUGCCCCACGCUCGCACCAGCAUCUUCAGGACCGUGCAGAGGGGGGACCUGUGCAUGGUGCUGUGGGGGGGUCAGACCGUGGGUCACGCUCGAGCUCAGGAAGACUCCUGGAGGAAGACCCUGGCCUUCCUCAAAGAGCAUCUGUACGGCCGGAGAAACACCACGUCCAACCUCUGA